CAGACUGCAGAAGGCCAAUCAAAAAGGUAACCCAUUUUUAUCAGUUUCAGAAAGAUUUAUUGCUAAAAGCAAAAUAUCUAUCAACGUCAUGAUUUGGAAACACCCCAGGCCUGUGUAAUGAAAAACUGUGGGCAUAUUGGCGUUCCGGUACCGGUAACGGCAGUAGCGGGUCAGGAGGCGGGACUAGGCUCUGAGAUUCAGAGAUUUGAAAGCUGGCAUACGUUGCAUUGCUGCAUUGUCAGAUUGUGGUAUCGAAUCCAGUAAUCUGAUAUUGGAUUUCUCUGUUUGCACCUUUUAAACUUGGAAAUAUAGAGCCAGACAACGCUAGUGCCAUACAUUCAACGUAUUACAGUGCUAUAGAAAAAAGUGUGUCAAGAAAAAGUCAUGGAAGUCCGGCAAAGAACUGAUAAAAAAGGCCCUUUUCGACAAGGAAAAAAAUCAAAGGAUGACCACCACCAUGAUCAUCACCAUGGCCAUCCUAAAACUCAUGAAUUAUCAAUGGAUGGACACAUAUCUUGUUUUUCAUGGAUGCUUCUUAUGGCAGUGUUUUAUUUCUCUCUUGUUUCUUUGAACAUACUUGUGAACAAUCAUCUACCAAUGCCUAGGACGAUCAAAGGAUCUACACCUGACGAGUUUACGGAAGAACGUGCAAGAUCACAUUUAGAAAAUUUUGUGAAAAUGGGUUCCAGACCAGCAGGGAGUUAUGAAAAUGACAUUGGUGCCAUGAAUUACAUCAUGAAAUCUAUCAUCAAUGUUAAGAAUUCAUAUAAUACAAAGAAAAAAAUUCAAGUGAAUGUUCAGAGACCAGAGGGAUGUUUUUAUCUACCGUUCUUGGAUGACUUCACCCAAUGCUACAAUAAUAUCACAAAUACAGUAGCAAGGAUUUCAUCUCCUGAAUCUGAUGAAAAUGCUCUUUUACUCAAUUGCCACACUGAUUCUGUCAUCAAUGGACCAGGUGCUAGUGAUGAUGCAGUUGCUUGUUCUGUUAUGUUGGAGAUUUUACGAGCCAUUGUAGCAGAUGAAACUCCUCUUGCGCAUCCUUUGAUUUUUCUAUUCAAUGGAGCAGAAGAAAAUAUUCUUCAAGCAAGUCAUGGAUUUGUCACCCAACAUAAGUGGGUUAAACAGAUAAAAGCAUUUAUAAAUCUUGAGGCUGCUGGUGCCGGAGGGAAGGAAUUUUUAUUCCAAACUGGACCUGAGAAUCCAUGGUUAGUCUGGGCUUGGGCCAAACAUGCUCCUCAUCCUCACGGAUCUUCAGUUGGUCAAGAUUUGUUUCAAGCUGGAAUAAUUCCAUCUGAUACUGACUUUAGGAUUUUCAGAGAUCAUGGUCAUAUUCCCGGAGUUGACUUAGCUUAUAUCAGAAAUGGCUACGUCUAUCAUACUUAUCAUGAUGUACCGGCCAUGAUUCAACCUGGGUGUAUUCAACGAGCUGGUGAAAACAUACAUGGAGUUGUUCGGCAUUUUGUACAAUCUACAGAAUCUCUUCUAAAGGAUCCUGCAACUUAUCGUCAUGGAAAAGUUGCGUACUUUGAUGUGCUCGGACUGACACUUGUAGUUAUACCUCUACGUCUCCUGUCAUUCAUCAACUAUUUUGCAAUAGUUUCCGUACUUGCCUAUAUCGGAAGAAGAAUGUUUCAUUCACAAGUUACUGGAUAUUCAUCAUUUCAAUAUAGCAGUAAGUUAAUCAAGGCUGUUGCUGUCAACAUUCUUGGUUACGCAUCAUGUUUUCUAUUCCUGGCUAUUCUGGCAGCAGUUUUGACAAAAAACAAUCUAUCUCUGAUGUGGUAUUCCCAGCCACCCAUCGCAUUUGCUCUUUACAUUCCAGCUGGAUUAUUGGGCCUCGUGUCUGUCCAUCACAUUGCUAAAAAAACUAUUUUCAAGGGUGAUGAUGCUAGAAAGUUAGAAAGUCUUUUCUUUGAUGCGGAAUUAAUCAUGUGGACAUCUGUCGUUUUUCAAUUGAGGAAUAUUGGUUCCUCAUAUUUGUUUGUGAUGCAGAUACUAUUCGCUGUUAUGCUCCGUGGAUUUCUGGGUAGUAGUGUUUUCAGCAACCAAUCAAGAUCACCAGGAAUAAAUCGUGUAAUAUUGUAUCUUGGUGUUCUGAUUGUUCCUGCUACAAUUCUUAUCAAUAAAUUAUUACUUGUCGGAUCUCUGUUCAUGGCAUUAGCUGGAAGAUCAGGAACAGAGGUUCCUCCCGAAGUUUUCAUUGCUAUUAUUAUUGGUUUAUCGAUUAUUGGUGUCUUCUCUUUUCAAGUUUGCACCAUCUAUCUUGUCAAUUCUUUGAAAGGGUUUUACAUAUUCAUGACGGCUUGUCUAUUGACAUCAGUUGUCUUGUGUUUCUCAGGAUAUACUUUUCCAUUUGAUAAUGAUCCUAUUAGUCCAGCAAACAAAAGAUUUUAUAUGCAGCAUAUUCAACGUGAAUUUUAUGAUAUUCAUGGUGAUAUGGUCAGGAAUGAUUCGGGAAUGUUUGUUUGUCACUUGGAUUAUACAGGUUUAACAUAUAAUAUUGGACCUCAGAGUAUCAUGGAUGCUGAAAUUCAGCCAUGUAAAGGAACAUACUGCGAAUUUCCUCAUCUCAUGCCAGUCAUGAAAUUAGUGAAGCGAAAUCAGUACAUACCUGCUCCACCCCCUCCUACAUCUGUGACAACUGAAGUGUAUCCAUUUGAUAUUCAUUGGAAUAGAUUGCAUGGUCCUGCAUCUGAUGGAACCUACAUAGUAGAGCACACGUUUCGAGUGAAAGGCCCACCCAACAUGGCACUUCACAUUGCACCAGUAUAUCCUGGAUCUUUGAGGAAUUGGUCGUUUCAUCAAGAUUUGAACGAAGCAAAGAGCAAACAUUCUCACAAUGAAUCGUUCUUCGUACUAUAUGGUGGUGGAAUUGAGCAUCCAGUAUGGAAUUUUACCCUUAUGUUUGCUACACCAGAGCGAAUUGAUGGACCUUUAGUUGAAAUUGCUUUUACUGCUCAUUAUAAGCCUUCUGGAGCAGUCUCGAAGGUCAAUAAGCAAACACCGGAACUCGAAGAGUUAACAUCUCAACUCAAAGAUUGGGUUGCUCCAAUGACAUGGGUUUCUCUCUACAAAAAUUAUAUGAUUUGGUGAUGUAGCGGUUAUAUUCAUGAAUGGAUGAAUGAUAUGUCGAUUUUAAUCUUCUACAUAUCGCAUAUAACAUCACUAUUAACAUAUGCCAGCAUAUAUAUAAUUAAUCUAAUCUAAAAUAUUUUAUACUGGAUUUCGUGACUUCAAAUCCAGCAUUAGGAAUUUGAAGAACAAUCUUGUAUAUCAACAGGUGGUUUGUGAAUAGGUGCUGGGUAGGUCGUCGAUUUUUGGUGCCUUCAAAGCUAUUUUUGCUAGAAUACAUGCUGAUAUGCAUACUGAGUUCAUUGAAUUUUUCUAAUUGUUAGCUUUCUGUGUGCUGAGCAGGUGCUUUUAUUUAUGUGGCAUAACGUGAAGUUUAUUUUAGUAACAUAACAGAUUUGAAUAUUUUAGAUGACAUUUACAUAGACUGGUUGUUGGUCAGCCUCGUUGAGGCUUUGCUUGCGCCAUUCAAAUAACUAAAAUCUUAUGUAUCAAUGUACAAUUCCAGUCUUAUGAUUGUAUAGUUUCUAACCUUCUCUUUUUAGUUGAAUGGCAAAUGGUGAGUUUGCACAAACAUAAGUGAAAUAAAAUACCUGUGAAAUUGUAUUCUGUGUUAGAAGCUAAAAUGAGUUUGAGCAACAGAUUUGAGUAGCAUCUUAAUUCGUGAAAUAAUUAUAUUUUUUUAUUAUAAUUUAUGCACAAAGAAAAUGAAAUUUUGUUUCCAUGUUUAAAGAUGGAAAUUAAUUUUGUCAAAAUUUUAGUGUAUUUGUUGCAUGUUCUAUGCAUUAGUUAACUUCUGCAAAAAUGCACCCAUAAUACUAUUCAACUUGUUCACUAAGUGUGAUACAAGGCAAUAUCGUUCAUGGUAUUGUUCAACCUUUUUCGUCUCCAUCUUUUCUUUUGUAAUGUAGAGCAUGUUUAUCAAAUAUGCAGUCGUCAAAUUAAUCAGUACUGGGAUAGGUUAGCCAGAUACAAAGGUGUCUUGAACAUUGAAGUUCCUAUAUUUUAGUAGAAAUUAGCUGUAUUUGUUGUUCUUACCAAAAUUUUGGCAUAUAAAUAACAUAAAUUAUAAAUUGGUAAUUUUAAAUGAUUAUGAUACCUCAAAGUAUGCGUACUACCUUGUCUUGCAUAGGCUUUCUAAAAACAGCAUUCUUAAUGUUUUUAUCAUUAUUGGUAAAUAUGCCUUAAAAUUUGAAAUAUUUUUCGUUUUGGAAUAAUGACAGAACUGUUAUAUUCAUAGUGCUUUGUGGAAUUUAAUAAAGGAAAGUGUGGUUGAGUCUGAAUUGCUUUUCAAUACUUUUUUUUUCAAUCGGUUAAUUUGCAUAUGCCAUAUUUCUUCAAGUUAUUCUGUUUCGAAAUUAGAUAGUGUGUGGUGAUAGUGUUAAUCUUGAUAUGUCUACUUACAUUUCAAAAAACUAUUUUCAAUUUUGACCAAUUAAAUUUGAAUAUCGCCACAGUCAAAACUGAAGAAGCUUAAUGUCAUAUUUUUUCGAAAUUUGACUUUUUUGGCCUUCUGUUCGUAUAGACCUGAUGCCAUAUUUUGGCCUGGGUUUCAAACUUACAAAAAUGCGAUUUUUUUUUAAUUCCUAAAUACUACAUAGGCUAAUUUGUUUAUACUGUGGCGCAAAUACAUCUUGUAUUAGAAAAUGUAUGUUCUUCGAUUUAGUAUAGCUAGUUUUGACUACUUUUUUGUUCCAAGUGUGUGGGAGUUUUCCAGUGUGUAACAAUUAUUUAAUAUAUCAUGUGGUCAAA